CUCAAUUCUUCCGAGCUUUCGUCUUCUCUCGUCGCUGUUUCACGCUCUUUAGUCCUCCCACACCGUCAACAUUCAGUCUUCUGCCUGAAUACCGCCCUCGUUUUAUCACUCACUACAUAACAGCAACGACAAAGCUUACAAUGUUCGCCAAAUCCGCCGUCGCCUUUGCUUCUUUGGCCUUGUUCGUCCAGGCCGCCUCCGCCGCCCAGUGUACCCGCACGUACACCAUCAAGGAGGGCGACUACUGUGACAGCAUUUCCGCAGCCCAGGGAGUCUCUACCUACCAACUCGCCGUUCUCAACGCUGGCAAGAUCAACCCGCGCUGCGAUAACCUCGUCCCUGGCGACGAGCUCUGCCUUGGCACCGACGAGGUCGACUGCCGCGAGACCACCGUCGUCAUCGCCGGCAACACCUGCAGCGCCAUCUGGGACGAAAACACUCUCGACAGCGAGAUCUUCUACCUGAACAACCCCCAAGUCUCCCGCGACUGCAGGAACAUCUACAUUGAUGAGGUCCUUUGCAUUGCCAAGACGGUGCAGGUCCCUCCCGCCCCGACCGUCCCCAUCCACACUGGCCCUCCCCCCGCUGAGGCUACUCCUCCCGUCCCCCUCGACCCCGCUCCCACCCCCGCGCCCGAGGGCGAGAACCUCACCCCUGAGCCCAUCAACGAGGCCCCUCCCGCCCCCGAGGAGGAAGAGUGCGAAGACGAAUACGAGGAGAUCGAGGUCAUUUACGGCUCGGAUGACGAGAGCAUCCCCUACUGCGACGAGCUCUAA